AUGCUCGGAAAGCUCCUGUUCGCGCUUGGUGCUCUCGCGGUAGCGUGCUCGCCCGUCAAGUAUGAGAAACGCCUCGUCACCGGGGAGCAUACGGCCACGCUCGAAUUCACGCUCCCAUACGACGUUCCGAUCAUAUUUGGCACGCUGGGCUUCACCAUUACGGUUGAUCCUAAUAACCAUGCAUUUCUCGAUCAGUUCUCGGGCACAAGCAGUGCAUCUACCUGGCACGCCUCGCUUGACUACACCGAGCCGACUCUGUUUGGCGAGUGGAAUGCCUUUACGCUUUACGGCAGGGUGUAUGGCAGAAUGUUCAGCUUCCGACUCGGUCUGCUCAUUGGCCCCGGCAGUUAUUCGGAUGAGCGUUAUGCAUUGAAAUCCCCGAUGUACAACGGCUCGCCGAUCAGUAUGAAUUCGCCCAUGCUGAGAAUCGAUGGCUAUCGCGUCGAUACCGUCUUCUGGAUUCCUCAGGAUCAGCUUACGCCCGGCUCCUUGUUUCGCACGAUAGCCAAAUCGGGUUUCUCGCUUUCCAUCGCUUUCUCGCGCCAAGCAAUGUCUCUGUUUGUCGUGCUCUGGCUCUUUGUCAUUGCGCCUACCUUGAUCGAAGCUCCCAAUCGACAUCCAACUCGCUAUGUCUGCAUUGGCAUGUCCGGCUGCCCAGCAGAAUGCGCAGGAGACUAUGACGCCGGGAUCACGACGAUACCUUUUACCGCUCGAGCGCCGCAUCGGAACACGUUGAUCAAAGUGCGCAUGGCGGAUCGACAAAGUGCACCUAUCGUCGAUUGCAAGCUCAAUCCACCCAAUCAACAGCUACCGGCGCCUAGCUGUACUGGCAUAGUCACCCUCCGGUUGCCAAGUACAAUUCAAUGGGAGGUCAUGAUCGUCAAAGGAGCGUAUACUCAGUUCGAUGCGCCGGAUGAUAUACGACUGGCGAUGAAUGCUUGCUGUGCUGUCGUACGUGACUAUCAGUUCAAAUACAUCUGGACGACAAGUGAGAUCCCGUUCGGACGACCGCGAACCCAAGUCGUCUGUUCCGGAAACGAUCGUCCAGUCGCAGGCACGGACAAGCACUGCCGAGACUACUUCGCCAGCUUUUCGGCGACUCCUUGUGUGCCGUCACACGACUGCGUUUACACGAAGGAGUUUUACUCGAAAGAACAGUUCUUUAGCUCCUCUCGUGUCCGAUACGCCGCAGAAGCUCUUCAUGUGGUCUCGCGAGAGAAGAUGAAUCGCAUCCUCUGGCUUGCGCUGGUCGCCUGUGUUGCCAGCAAGAACCUGGCAGAGUUUUGCAUUGCGGUCGCUUCAUGUGCCAUCAAGUGCGAGGGCGAAUUUGAGGCUGGUCUUCCCUGGCCAAGCAGCUAUACUUCUACCAGCGUCAUCGACAAGACCAUGUUCCGCAUUCGUCUGACACAAGCGAACAGAAGAGGGUUGCCCGCAGUGUCGUGCCUCUCAGAGUCUGGGCAGCCUUGGACUCCUGAGUGUAUGGGCCGGCCAAGAAUGUACCUCGAUAUAUGGGACGUCACGGCUCACUACGCUCCUAUGGACGCCCAGGUGGAAGUAGAGAGCAAGAACGGGAUCGCCGAGGAGAUGGCUCGCCAAUGUUGUCACCUCGUCUGGUCCACCGCUUUCGCAUUCGCAUUCAACUCACGCGAUCAUGAGAUCAAGUCUCCUGUGCUCAAAUUGCGAUGUGAGGGAUCUCAGAAGAAGGUCUUUCUGUGGACUUGCGCUGAGAUGUUUCCUACGAUGAUUGACUCGGCCGAAUGCAGCCCAUCCGAGAACACAUGUGCGCCCAUGAUGACCAGGUCAUCCAGAGCCGCAGGCGGCUGCGUUUGGCCGCAGUCCCCGGAGGGACCCAGUCCGCAAGAGUAG